GUUCGUCUCCCUUUUCCCAGCUUUCCUUCUCCGUUAGGAUUCUUCGAUUCACUGCCUUUGAUAUAGAAGCAAGGAUCGGCGAGGAGAAGUGCAGGUUCGGGGUUCGUCUAUGGCGUCGUCACUUCGGUCGCUGGCAAUGAGGGAGGCCCGAGGGGGGCGGUUGUACGCCCGCAUGUUCGUCGGUCGGAAGACCUCUAAAUCGACCUACUUCCUUGUCCUUCUGGCGCUUCUCGCCCUCUCGCUUGUACUGCUACUGCUUCUCCCCCUCCAUUUCGACGACGCUUCCAUCCCCCGCCUCCACAAGCACUUCCUGCGUGAACAGGAGGGUUUUGGGCAUCGAGGGCCACAGUGGACGGAGGUCGUCUCUUGGGAACCGCGAGCGUUUAUGUACCACAAUUUUCUGUCCAAGGAAGAAUGUGAGCAUUUUAUUAUGCUAGCAAAACCUCAUAUGAAGAAGUCAACAGUUAUUGAUAAUUCUAAUGGCAAGAGUAAGGACAGCAGGGUCCGGACAAGCACAGGCACAUUUCUCCAUCGGGCGCAAGAUAAUGUAAUCAAGGCUAUUGAGACGAGGAUAGCAAAUUAUACAUUUAUCCCAGUGGAACAUGGGGAAGGGCUUCAAGUUCUGCAUUAUGAUGUUGGGCAGAAAUAUGAACCUCAUUAUGACUAUUUCUAUGACAAAUUUAACAUUAAGAAUGGAGGUCAGCGAGUGGCUACUCUUCUAAUGUAUCUUUCGGAUGUUGAAGAAGGUGGUGAGACAGUUUUUCCCAAUGCCAAAGUAAACAGCAGUUCUUUACCAUGGUACAAUGAGUUAUCAGACUGCGGAAAAAGAGGUCUUGCUCUUAAGCCAAAGAUGGGAAAUGCAUUGCUUUUCUGGAGUAUGAAGCCUGAUGGCACUGUAGAUCCGUUAAGUUUACAUGGUUCGUGUCCUGUGAUCAAGGGAAAUAAGUGGUCUUCCACAAAGUGGAUGCAUGUACAUGGGUACCAUUGAUGCAAAGAUCUCGCUUGCCAAUCAUUGUUUGUCAAUCCCUCUUGGCCCGACAUAAUAGCAACAUUCUUCGAAGAUAUGCAAACGAACACAUUUUCCCAGUGGCAAACAAACAUCCUGUUUAUGAACAAAUUUUCAUCAGGACUUCAAAAGCAUAUUGCAUCAUGAUAUAUGGAAUAAAAAUGUUUAUCAACAUGUAUGCAAUAGAAUAAGAAUGUGCCUUGGUUUUUUCUCUCUCAAACUUCAGCUUGUACCACAAUUGAUGAGAGUUGAACACCAGGCUUCAUGCUUUGAGAUCAUACCAAACUUUAAUAGUUAAAAUGUUAGAUAUUUACAUGUUUAACAUGAUAAAGAUUAUAGUUAG